GCCCGGUUGUUCUGUUUUUCUUUCGGCGACGGCGACAUCGACCAAAAACGUGCUCACUGGGCGCUCGCUGACGGCUACUGUGGUUCCCAAAGUUUGUCGCUUGGACCGUUGCGCAAUCCGCGAGUCAUGCCAAAAACCUUGCUGCAGUGCUACAACAAAGGCUGCCUCAAGAAAUUCGACCCCGACGAGAAUGCGCCUGAUGCCUGCAUACAUCAUCCAGGAAAGCCCGUGUUUCACGAUGCCUACAAGAGUUGGUCGUGCUGCAAAGCGAAGACCACAGAUUUCACAGAAUUUUUAAACAUAAAGGGUUGUGCUAAAUCCUACCAUCAAGACAAGAAACCACCAGAGUCUCCAAAACCAGAAAGGAAAAUUGAUCCUGAACUUGAGGCUCAACUUGAGGCUGCCAAGCAGAAACCGCCCCAGCGUGCACAGAUAACUCCAAUCAUUAGACCUGAUGAGAAUGACCCACUUGUACGGCUACGAAGUUCUGUUGGGUCAAGCCUGACUCCUCUUCUGAGUAAACUUUCCCUGGAGAAAAAAGCUGAUGCCCCCGAAACUGAAGCUGACAGUGUUGUGACAGUUGGCACAUCGUGCAAGAAUGCUGGCUGCCGGCAGACAUACCAAGGUGAACAAAGCAACCUGGACACAUGCUUCUACCAUGAAGGCUUUCCAAUAUUUCACGAGGGGAUGAAGUACUGGACUUGUUGCCAACGUAAGACAUCAGACUUUGCCAAUUUCCUGGAACAGCAAGGUUGCACAUCAGGCAACCACUUGUGGAUUAAAAAGAAAACUACGGAAGCACAGACGUCAUGCCGUUACGACUGGUACCAGACAGGAAACUCGGUGGUAAUCAGCAUUUUUACCAAGAUGCCCAUACCCGAUGAAUCAUGCGUGGAAGCGAACCCAGUCAAGUUGCACCUGCACAUCACCUUCGGGGAAGACCGUGCCGUCUUCGACCAAGUGAUGGUGCUUCAUGGAGUGAUUGAUGUGGAGAAAAGUUCGGUGCAAUACCUUGGGACCAAAGUAGAAGUGAACCUCAAGAAAAGGGACGCUGUCAGCUGGAGGCUUCUGACGCUUCCACCACCAAAGCCACGGAUUCAGGAUGGCGAUGGAGACAUUGAAGAUACAUGAAACAAGCCUCAUGCCAGACAUGCUGCAUUGCAGCAGUUCAGGCAGGGAGAUGUUGAAACGUUUCAUCUAACAUUAAGGAAUGGAACACCCUAAUCAGUGAGAUGUGGUUAUCAUUAAAGAAAUUUGACUUUGUUCCACA